ACUUGCCGGGUAGUGGAGGUCAGGCGUGCUCAUGAAACAACUGCGAAAUGCUAUGGAACCGCCACGGACGUGAAUUCCAUCCAAAAACCGUGGCGCAGAGCUGUCGGCUAUUUUUAAAAUGCGAUGCCACUGAGCUAAGAAAGUGCUCGCUGUGACGAAAGGCGCGAAGAACGCUGAGAGCGACACGGAAAAACGACCGUCCGUUUUGUCCUACAAGGCGCCUAGUUUGACAGGAGCUGGGCCUGACAGGAGACAAACUGCAGAAGAAGUGACAUUCAAAGUGGGACUUCAUGAAGCAGUAGACUGGCGUUAAGUCUGGAGAAAAGUCCAUUUAAACAUGAGAAAGGACGUGAGGAUACUUCUUGUUGGGGAACCCAAGGUGGGCAAGACAUCAUUGAUCAUGUCUCUCGUCAGUGAGGAGUUUCCUGAUGAGGUUCCUCUGCGAGCUGAGGAGAUCACCAUCCCUGCCGAUGUCACCCCAGAGAGGGUGCCGACACAUAUUGUGGAUUAUUCAGAGGCUGAGCAGUCAGAUGAGCAACUAUAUCAAGAAAUCUCUAAAGCAAAUGUUAUCUGCAUAGUGUACUCUGUCAACAACAAGAAGUCAAUUGAAAAGGUGACAAGUCAUUGGAUUCCUCUAAUCAAUGACAGGAUAGACAAAGACAGCAGGGUGCCAUUGAUACUAGUGGGCAACAAGUCUGACCUGGUGGAGCACAGUAGCAUGGAGACUAUACUGCCUAUCAUGAAUCAAUACCAGGACAUUGAGACGUGCGUGGAGUGCUCUGCCAAAAAUCUGAAGAACAUCUCAGAGCUUUUCUACUAUGCCCAGAAGGCAGUUCUACAUCCUACAGGACCUCUGUACUGUCCAGAAGAGAAGGAGCUGAAGCCUUCCUGCAUUAAGGCUUUAACUCGAAUCUUCAAAGUGUCUGACCUGGACAAUGAUGGCAUUUUGAAUGACAACGAGCUCAACUUCUUUCAGAGAACCUGUUUUAACACACCACUGGCAUCCCAGGCUUUAGAGGAUGUUAAAAAUGUAGUAAGAAGAAACAUGGCUGAUGGAGUCAAGGACAAUGGUCUCACACUUAAAGGCUUCUUGUUCCUGCACACCCUUUUCAUACAGCGCGGUCGACACGAGACCACCUGGACUGUGCUCAGGAGGUUUGGUUAUGAUGAUGACCUGGAGCUCACACAGGAAUAUCUCUUCCCCGUAGUCAAGAUCCCUCCUGACUGCACCACAGAACUAAACCACAACGCUUACCUCUUCCUUCAAAGCGUAUUUGACAAGCAUGACAAAGACAGAGAUUGUGCACUGUCGCCAGAGGAGGUGAAGGACCUGUUCAAAGUUUUCCCUUACAUGCCAUGGGGUCCAGACGUAAACCACACUGUGUGUACGAAUGACCAAGGAUGGAUCACAUACCAGGGAUACCUCUCCCAGUGGACGUUAACGACGUAUCUGGAUGUCCAGCGGAGUUUGGAGUAUUUGGGUUACCUGGGUUACUCUAUCAUUUAUGAGCAGGAGUCUCAAGCAGCUGCCAUCACAGUGACGCGCAACAAGCGCAUCGAUCUACAGAAGAAACAGACGCAGCGCAGCGUCUUCCGGUGCAAUGUCCUGGGGGCGCAAGCAAGCGGGAAGAGUGGAUUUUUACAGGCCUUUCUAGGAAAGAACCUCCAGCGACAGAGGCGGAUUAGAGAAGACCAUAAAUCACUGUAUGCCAUCAGCACAACCUAUGUGUACGGUCAAGAGAAAUACCUGCUACUCCAUGAGAUGAUGCCAGAUUUUGACUUUAUGUCGGAGGCGGAUCUCGCUUGUGAUGUGGUGUGCCUGGUCUAUGACAUCAACAAUCCCUAUUCUUUUGAAUAUUGCGCUAAAAUGUUUAAGCAAUACUUCAUGGACAGCAAGACUCCUUGCGUGGUGAUCGGCUCCAAAUCGGACCUGCACGAAGUUCGGCAGCAAUACAGCCUUUCUCCACAUGAGUUUUGUCGCAAACACAAGCUCCACCCGCCCCAGCCGUUCACAUGCAACACAAUCAACGCCCCCAGCAAAGACCUCUACACUCGAAUCACCACCAUGGCCAUGUACCCCUACGCCCGUCUCUGCUGCAUGUGCGCCUGCAACAAGUGUACCUAUUGCCUGUGUCAGAACCUCCUCAAGAUGGAGUUGCUGCGCAGCAUUAAGGCCCAGCUGCGCAGAGUCGUUCACAACAGGCAUAUGGCUCAAGCUGACCUGAAAAACUCGACUUUCUGGUUGCGGGCCAGCGUCGGUGCCACCGUAUUUGCCGUGUUGGGCUUCGCCAUGUACAGAGCGCUUCUCAAACAUCGGUGAUGUGACGGCAGGAGACCCCCGCAUCCUUGUCCCUUGUGGUUUCUUGUCCCUCACCUGAAAGACUGGUGACCGAUCGGGUUGCCUACUGCUUGAUCCCACCGUCAACCCCAUUCAUCCUCUCUAUUUGCAAGAAACUAUUUUAUAUGCAUUUAAACAUGAAGUGUCAAUAUCUCUUUUUGGUUUUGAAGGAGUUGUAAAAUACAACUUGUGAUUGCCUAUCAGUCCAUCCUCAAACUAUGACCUUGUGUUUAGUUUCUUCUCAGGUCAAGUAUUAGUAGAGGCAGACACAAAGGGACUAGUGUGUUAAUAGAUGUGUAUAUGCAGUAUGUCAUGGAUGUAGUCCAGACGCGUUUUAGCAAACAUGGUGGCCUCUAAUCCCACCUAGUGACGUCCAAACAAACUUUUAACACUCAUGGAUGUCAUGCAGCCGUUUUAAUUUAUUAACGUCUAUUUUCGGUUUUGAGUGGUUCAAAUACUACAGAUAUGUUUCCCAUGUAUUUUUCUAUUUAGCACAGUCAGUUAUUCCUGUUUGUUUUCAAUGAAAGCUUUACUUCUCAUUUGUUAGAUUGCUAUUAUUACCACAAGGUUACACUUACCAAGUGUUUUCUUCCACUGCGUUCUGAAACAUUGUUUAUUGGGUCAAAUGGCGGCUAAUUUCACAAGUCAAAUGAUUUUAAAUAUCUAAUAAAUCACAUUUACACCCGUUGAUAUGUUGUUCUAGAAAAUGCCAACAGCUUCACUUCACUGGUUUAUUACAGUUUAAAUUCACAGUACAGCAUCAAAUUGCACAAACUUUAAACACAGGCAAACAUAGUGAAUGACUGAUCACAAAGCAUUUGUGAAAACU